AUGUAUCCCUGUGAGUCCUCAUACAUUGGAACAUACAAGGUCAGUGGGUUGCAAGAGGCUAUAGGAAUAAGUAAACUUGGCCAUAUCAAGCGCAAAUGUCUUCUUUAUCCACAUGGUGACGGUGCCAUUGUAAUGCCGCUGCUUCAUUUUGCAGCAUAACCAAACUUGUCCUACAAAGCCAAAGUAACUACAUUUUUGGUCACUGAUCAUUCCUUAACUUCCCUAAACUUAUACCUAACCCCAACCGCAAGCAACUUGCAAACUUGUUGUCAGCUGCCGGUGCCACGGGGUACUAAUUAAGGGAUUCUCUCCAAACGUCCUAAAACAAUAAAUUAUUUUGUAGUUACUGAACUUUUGCCCUGUAGGACAGUAUGGGAAAAGGCUUGUAUAGAGAGAUCAUUGGGUAGUUCUUGUCAUUUCAGCCAUAGCCUUCUUAAGAUGGAUGGUGAGGUGCUGUACUCAGUUGCACAGUUCCCAAAUGGUGGGACAGCAGUGAUUCUUAGGAGCUGGUUUAAAGCCGAAGAAAGGAUCCUGUUAUGGCCCCCUACUAAAAUUAAAUGGGCAAAAGCCAUCAAAGAGAGAAUGCAACCGGAUGGUAAAUGGAUCCCCUACACGAAUGUGUGCCUACUUACUAGUUGUGGCGAGUAUUCUGUGCAAUACCGUGUGUGCGUGUGUGUGUGUGUGUUACUUACACUUGAGACAUUAUGAUAUUGUCGAUCAGCUAUUUUUGUGGAAUGUGUGCUCAGUCUCAAGUAUGUUCACAUCAAGACAUGACCAGAACAUGGAUGCCAUGGUUAAUUUAUGGUACAAAACUAAUCAAAGUUUACAGGUACAUUCAAGGUUGUACUUCAUUGUGACAUCUUGUGUGCAGGUACAUAAGAGUAAAACUUAUUUGGGUUAGGCUGCCUGCCAUCAGAUGCAGCAGCAUAGAUGACAACUACAGGUUCACAUGUGCAUUUGCAGUUAUGUCAAUUGGCAUUUUCCCUCUUAACUUCUCAGAGACCCUUGAUGAAGCCAGGCGGAGAGAGCAAAAGUACAACACGACAGCGUGUCCUACCUCUGCAAUAGAAACUGACGAUGAAGGACAUCAGCAAGAGAUGAAAAAAAGAACAUCCAAGUAAAGUGAUAACCUCUUUUUUUCCUCUCAGCAUGGUCCUGAUGGGUCCAGCUGAGUUGUCUAGGUUUAGUCAGUAUAUCUGUCCUUAUGUUGACCACCACGCACACACACACCAAUCACAGCUCAGCUUAUGCUGCCACGCGGAUUAAGCAAACCACACAGCUUAGCUGACAUUGCCUCGCUGACAGCUUAGCACAUGCUAGACCAAUCGUAGCUCAGCUCACACUAGGUUGUUGCAGCUUGUACAGCAAUACAGUUAUUGUAGUCAUAAAUCCAUAGGACCUAAUCAAACACUUUAGACCCAUACAUAAAGACGGCUAAGGGCGAGGUCGCCUCUCGCCCUUAGGGCAUUUUACUAGUCCAACUAAUGCUAAAAGAAUAACACAAAAUGGCCUUAGGGCGUGUUUCUAUAGUGGUCCUUUGUAUGAGACUGUAGACAUGGCUAAUAAACAUUAUGAUUACAUUUCUCUCAAUUGUAUUUAGGACAAAUUCCAACUAUGCCAACUCUGACUCUGAUGACCAAUCGAGUGCUGACAGUGCCAAAAAGCAACGGUUUGCCAAACCACCUCAUGUGGGUUUCCCAGGUAGACCUAUUGACAAAAUGUAUUGCAUGUAUUUUAUAAGGGCAAUCUUAGAACUGUCACUGCUCACUGCUACAGUUAAAACCAAAUUGCACCUGUCUGACAUUGUACCAACAAACUGAAUUGGCUGCAGUCAUUCUUUAUAGUUUUAGCCCAAAAUACAUACACCGUGAAUAAUAUAUAAUUGUGUUUUAGGAGAGACUCCAAAGUUUGGUUGCUGCUUUGUUAACUGUCAUCAUCUUGGAAGAUACAUGUAGCAACAUGACUGUUAAGUUUGAAUAAGAAUUUAAUUUUCUUAGGAACCUUAGGUCAGGCACUAAAGGGCAUUCCUAGAAUUGGCUUCAGGCAUCAAUGGGUUAAAUCAAACUUGUCAUGUUUUUAUGUAAGUGUUACAGCUUCUGUUCUUUUGGUUCUUCCCUCUAGAUUCCUUUUGUGGGAACUACAGCCAAUAUCACCCAAUGCCAUUGCCUGAUCGUAGUUGCUAUGGUAAGCGAAAAAGCUGUCUAACAUUUACAAAAUUUUUCUUGUGUGUGUGUGUGUGUGAGUGAGAAAAGGUUAGAUCUCUGUAUUCUGAUCAUCAUUGCUCGCUAUUUUGUUCAUCCUCUCCUUUGAUUGCAUACUGUAUUAACCGUAAAAAGUACAGGGACACAGUUAUACAAUUAUGCUAUAAGCCAACAAUGACACAAUGCUCUCAGUCCUUGUUUCCAUUAGGUCCUGUGUUCAAUUCAUCUGUAUUUACUACUCUCUCCUGAUUGGAGAGACCUUUUCUGUUUACUAAAGAGCCGUAGGGAAGGGGAUUGACACCAGUUUAAGAUUUUUUGCUAAAAUCACUCCCUCCCUCUGAUACACAACCACACUCAACUUUCAAAAUGUGCGCAGCGAUUAAAUUGCAUGAAUGUUUAUUUUACAGAUGGAACCAGACAGAAUGGCAGUGACACCAGGGAGCUUUUAAAAGGCAAGUGUGUUAGUGCAGUUCCUCACAAGUCAUUUGCAGGCUGUACUGUAUUCAUUUGUCAAUUAACGUUUUAAUGUACUUUUUUGUAAGAUGUUGCCAUUUAGAAAAUUACUGCAAUGCUCGCGGAAGUCCUUGUGGAGGUGAAGGCGCUCUCAAGGGAAGUCCAGUACAUUAAACACCAACUGGCAGAGGGCAUGCCACAAGCAGCCAGAACCCCAACGUUGCCCAUCCAGCUUCCCUUAUCAACGGAAGAAGAAUUCAUCCAAGCAGAAGGUCACGUCGCCUGUCUGGUGGAAACCCACCUUAAGUGGCUAAAGAAGUGCCCUGAUUGUAUUCUCUUCUUUUUUUUUUAGAUUUCUCGCCUGGCCAUAGUAGGAGGCACCGACACAAACAACUUUAUCCGGCGGAUGUUGGCAGCAGCCUUGACAAAUGCUCUGGCCAGUCAAUACAACUGGGCAGGCAAGCACGAUAAGCGUUGUUCCUCCACCAAGAAGGCCUUCAAAAACACAGCGAUGCAAGGCUGCUUGUUUGGUAAGAACCUAAGUCGUCAAAGAAAGUGUAGACACUGAUGUAUGUUUGAACACAUUGUUGUUACGUGUAUGCCAGUUGAAAUCCUUAUUGAUCAGCACUCCCAGGUACUUAUGGGAGGAGACAUGUUUGAUGUUAUGGUCAUGAACAGUAUUCUUGUUAUCUUGUCUUUCAGCUGCUGCUCGACAGUUUGAUGAAAAAAUGAGCCAGAAGCAAUUUGAGGACAUAGUCAAAUCUUGGCUGCGAUUUGCACCAAACAGACAGGGGGGCAUUCCAAGAAAUGCUCCGGAGCAGCAGGGAGCUGUCCCAAAAAGCCCAUAG